GCCUGUUAUCUUGUGACGUGAAGUCGAGCCGGAGCUUUUGUUGUUGUUUUUCGGGGAUGCAGUAGACCCGAGUGGACCCAGUUGUACUGUAAAAUGGAGCGGUACGGGUCGGACACGGAGAGGGACGAUACACCGCUGCUUCAAAAGGCCGAGGAGGAAAGAGUCCAGAGAGCCCCAGCAUGCGGCUCAUCGCGCUAUGGCCUGGCUCUUCUCUCCUCUUUUGGCUUCUUUGUGGUCUACUCCUUGCGCGUGAACCUCAGUGUGGCGAUGGUGGACAUGCUGAACAACACCCAGUCCGACACAAACCACAGCAGCUCAGUGUGUCCGGCUCAUGCCAACCCUCCACGGCCCAAACACAACCACACAGCCAGUGUGUAUAACUGGGACUCUGAGACCCAGGGCUGGAUCCUGGGCUCCUUCUUCUACGGAUACAUCCUCACACAGAUCCUCGGGGGAUACCUGGCCGGCCGCUGGGGCCCCAAGUGGCUGAUGGGUCUGGGGAUCCUGGGAACUAUAUUUUUUACGCUGCUCACCCCUGUGGCUGCUGACCUGGGCGCAAAAUACCUCAUCGCUGUCAGGGUACUGGAAGGGAUAGGAGAGGGAGUGACGUUCCCUGCCAUGUACACCAUGUGGGCGGCCUGGGCCCCCCCGCUGGAGAGGAGCCGCCUGCUCACUAUCUCCUACAUCGGAGCCCAGCUGGGGACGGUCGUAUCUCUUCCUCUGUCUGGACAAAUCUGCUUCUACCUGGACUGGACCUACGUCUUCUACGUAUUCGGUGCUGUCGGCCUGGUGUGGUUUGUCUUGUGGACGUUUCUGGCCUUCGACAGUCCGAACACUCACCCACGGAUCUCAGAGCAGGAGAGGCUCUACAUCACCAACUCUCUCAAGAACGAGCUGUCCACCUCAGCAGGAUACAUCCCCUGGAGAGCCAUCCUAACGUCCGGCCCGCUGUGGGCCAUCGUGGUCGCUCACUUCUCCUACAACUGGACCUUCUACACGCUGCUCACGCUGCUGCCCACUUACAUGAAGGAGGUGCUGGGGUUCAGCAUUAAGCAGAACGGGAUGCUGUCGGCUCUUCCCUACAUCGGCUGUGUGGUGUUAGCGGUGCUGAGCGGUCAGCUGGCCGAUCACCUGAGGGAGACCUGUCUCGUCCGCACCGUCACCGUCAGGAAGGUCUUCUCCAUCGUUGGGAUGUUGGGGCCAGCCGUCUUCCUGGUGGCGGCGGGGUACACCGGAUGUGACUACACCCUGGCUGUGACCUUCCUCACCCUCUCCUCCGCUCUGGGGGGGGUGUCCGCCUCCGGCUUCAACAUCAACCACCUGGACAUCGCUCCUUCGUAUGCUGGUAUUCUCCUGGGAAUCACCAACACGUUUGCCACCAUUCCUGGCAUGGUGAGCCCAGUCAUCGCAAGGACCCUCACCCAACAGAACACCAUAGAAGAAUGGCAGACAGUUUUCUACAUCGCUGCCGGCAUCAACCUGUUCGGAGCGACGGUCUACACUCUGUUCGGCCGAGGAGACGUUCAGCCCUGGGCCGUCCACACGUCCUACAACCACGGAGACUGAGACAGAAAACACACGUCGGACUCCUCCAUUUGAUGCUUGAGUGAUGGUUUGAUGAAUCAACGGGUAAACAGCGAUAUAUACGUUCCAGCUUGAAUUGUCAAAGCGCUGCUAACUAACUGCCAUUACACCCUGCAGGAUGUUCGUUACUGUGACUUCUCCAGAGUCUGUUGACAGAUGAUCUUACAGUCAGAGCAAGGAACAGAGUGCAAUUUUAGUGAAGGGAACGUUUUAUUUAGCAGAGCAAACAAUCACAGUAUGAUCUCUAAGAGGUAUCAGAGGAAGCUGCUUUUACGAAGGCCACUCUCUCUUUACUAGCAGAAAAAUGGGAAUUAUUUGAUGUUAUAGAAGGUUAAGUAAACCCUGUUUAAUUGGAAUAUAAUAGCUAUGAUACAGAUUUAUCCAAGUGUAGUUCCUUUAGUGUUCAGGUUUGUCAGGUAGCAAACUAUCGAGGCUCAUUUGUCAUUCAAGCCUCCAGAGCACUUUGCUUAUAUGGUUAUUGCCAUUGUAAAAGUCUACGUUCUUAAGGACAUUUAUUUUCACUUGUGUGCGGACAUAUCUCAGUGCCAAUACACUUUUUUGAAGUUGAAUGCUCCCCCCAAAAAAAUGACAUCAAAGUCAUUAUGCUCUUAAACACACACAUUGACAGUUUCUCGAGGGAACAAUAUGACUGCACAUGCACAACGCUUGGCAACAUGCCUUGUAGUGACUCCUUAAAAUGGAUUUUAAAGCUCUGUGUCUUUCAUGGGAUUUGAAAAGGGACCAAGUUAUUGUAUUUGUUUGUAUUUACUUGUGAUAUGUUGCCAAUAAGGGAUGUUUAUGUGCACAACAACUUGUUUAUGUCCUCCUUUAGCCCUUAACUAAAGCAUUUUAUUUGUAAUCUGUGACUAAGAAGAUGUUCUGAUGAUAGGAAAGUAAAACGUGCUUUGAAGAGGUUCCUGGAGGACACACAGCCUUUGAUUUACUCACAGGAUUUGCACUUUCUUUGUCAGCUCUCAGGUGUGUCUGAGAAGAAUGGAAAAAGGAUGUUUGUUUAAUUGCGCACAGUUAACUCAAUAUGAAUGGAAGUAAUUCUCUAUCUUAACUUUUUACUCCAUAUAUGACUGUUGUAUCUUGCCCCUUUAAGUGUAAUGACUAUAGGGGGGUGAACCAAAAUCAGCCUGAAGGGAUUUGUCAUCAUCCCAAUUCAAGGUGCAAUGCACUUGUGCCUUAUUACAUUAGCCUAAACAGGGUCAGACAAGUCAGGACUGAAGACUCAUUGUUUUCAUAAAGGAAUCCUCUCGUUACUGCUUUUCCUUUCCAUUUACAUGAGUGUCUACAAACAGAGAAAAUGGGACUUUUGAUUGCAGUGUAUACACUACAAAAAAGGGAAUCAUUGUAUGUUUUUAACCUUGAAAUAUGUCAAGUCUUAAUUCACUGUAAUAUAUUGUAUAUACUUAAUCAUAUACAGCUAUUCUCAAAUCGA